CGCAAGUACCUGCAGAAUGGCUACUACGCAAACUGGGCGGGGACUUGCUGGAGAUUGGCAGAGCGUGGGCUAGCCUGCACGCCAUUGGUCGCUGAGCUCAGGCUGGGGGCGGGGACGGCCUCCUGCUGUCAGUUGUUCAGCAACGGACCCGUGGAAAUGGACGGCCGGAGACCGGUGCCGGGACCUCCCGGGGAGGGAGGGCCUGAGCCCAGCCGGACCAGCGGCGCCCGGGGAGCUGCCAUCCGAGUGCUGAAGAGAAAUAUGAAGCGAAGUACGAGCAAGAACUGCUUGAAUCAGAGGUGCUGCCUGGGCUCUCGUGAGCGAGACUGGCUGAGGGAAGACCCAAACCGUGGAUGCGUCUUCGUACAUGGAUCAGAUCAUGGCUCCUCCGUUCCCGACCUCCAUGUUGUGCUCUGUACGGUGGACACGAUGACCUCCGAGAUCUGCUCAUGUGAAGGGAUGGAGAGUUUGUACAUACAGCUCAAUGGAGACCUGGUCAGGAGGCUGGAACCCGAGGAGCGCCCCCUGCACAUCAUCUACAAGUACCUAUCAGAGCUGGGAUUCCGGGACUCCUUGAGGAUACAGGAGGAGGCGGCCCACUCUGAUCUCGGCUGCAUGAUCCGAUUUUAUAGCGAGAAACCGAGUUCUAAGGAACAGUUGGACCGGAUUUUGCUUUCGGGUGUUUUUAAUGUACGCAAAGGCAAAAUUCAGCUACAUAAGUGGGCGGAAAGGCUCGUCGUUCUCUGCGGUACCUGCUUAAUCGUCUCCUCUGUGAAGGAUUGUCAGACGGGGAAGAUGCACAUUCUGCCCCUUGUGGGUGGGAAGAUAGAGGAGGUGAAGAGGAGACCGCACUGCCUGGCCUUCUGCUCUGCUGAAGCACAAGCUCCCACCUACCACGUCAGCUUCGACUCUGCUGCGGAAUACCAGAGAUGGCACCGGCAAGCAACUAAAGUCGUAUCUCAGAGGCUGAGCACCGUUGAUCUCUCGUGUCAGAGCCUAGAAGAGAUUCCCGAGCACCUCUUCUACUGCCAGGACGUCAUGUCCCUGAACCUCCGCCAUAACUUCCUGCAGCUUCAGAGUCCAGCAGGAGUGAGCAGUCUCUGCAGGUUUUCGCAGUUGAAGAUUCUCAAUCUGUCACAGAACAAACUGGGACAUUUUCCUUUCGAGCUAUGCCAGAUAGCCACACUCACAGAGCUCAAUGUCUCCUGUAAUGGGCUGACACACUUACCUCCGCAAAUUGGUCAGUUGCUCAGCCUGCAGACACUUAACCUUGAUGGGAAUUCCCUGACAAUGUUGCCAGAUGAGCUGGGGUGCCUGAAGCAAUUGACAAGCCUCAGCCUUGCAUUCAAUGAUCUGACCGCCAUUCCCAAGGUGUUUGAGAAUCUUCCAUCUGUGGAGAGGUUGUGUAUGGCGGGGAACAGACUGGAGCUUCUUAACCUUCAGACACUUGGGAACAUGACGCACAUGAAGGUCAUAGACUUGCGGAUGAAUCAUUUGACUCAAGUGGGAGCCAGCCUGGAAGGGAUAAACCACAUCACUCAAUUCGAUGUGCGGGAUAACCAGCUAUCUGCUCUGGACCUCAGCUCUAUGGGGAACCUGGAGCAAUUGCACUGUGAACGGAACCAGCUGACGGAGCUGAGGCUGUGCGGCUUCUCCCUGCGGGCCAUCUAUGCCAGCUCCAACAGACUGACCUCUGUGAACGUCUACGUGGCACCCUCGUUGCUCCACACUCUUGACCUGUCUAGGAAUUGCCUAGCGUCGGUGCCGGAGUGCGUUUGCGAGGCCAAGAAGCUGGAAGCUCUGGAUCUCAGCUUCAACGCGAUAGCAGAGCUGCCUCUCAGGAUAAUGGCCUCUUCUAGUCUGCGAAGGCUGCUGCUUGGACACAACCAGCUGAAGAACCUGCCUUGCCCAAUGGAGUCUAUUCCCCUGGAGACCCUGGAUGUGCAGCACAAUAUGCUGAGACACCUUCCAGACUCCCUCUUCACCAUAGCUUUAAAUCUCAGGUUCCUAAAUGCAUCAGCAAACAUCCUGGAGAGCCUCCCAUCGAUGUUCAGUGGAGAGGAGAGCGGGACCAGGCUGCAGGCUUUCUACCUAACCAACAACCGGUUAACUGACCAGUAUGUUCCUUUCCUCACCAUCCAUGCCAACCUCAGGGUCCUUCAUCUGGCCUAUAACCAGCUGGAGACCUUCCCAGCCAGUAAACUCAACAAACUGGAGUUCCUGGAAGAACUGAACCUUAGCGGCAAUCGGUUGAAGUCGAUCCCCAGCACGGUGUCCAACUGCAAACGGCUGCACACGCUCAUCGCCCACUCCAACUGCAUCAGCAUCUUCCCUGAGAUCUGCAACCUGCCGCUGAUCCAGCUGGUUGACCUGAGCUGUAACAGCCUGGCGGAGAUCGCGGCCCCGGAGAGCCUGCCUCCUGUCCUUCACGAGCUGGACCUGAAAGGGAACAUUGACCUGGUGCUGGACCACCAGUUACACGACAUAUUCAGUCAUAUUCCCAUCCUGAAAAUCGACAGCAAAUCUUUGCCAAAUUCUGACCUGCCAGCGUCCUCCAUCUCCUGCAAUCACGGCUUAGCGGAGAUGUCCGGACAGCGGAACAAGCUCUGCGUCUCCUCGCUGGCCGUGAGCGACUUUGCAGAUGGCGUGGAGGCUCUGUACGGCAUGUUCGAUGGUGAUAAGAAUGAGGAGGUGCCGCGUCUGCUGCAGUGCACGAUGGGAGAUGUCCUGCUGGAAGAGCUGCAGCAGUCGAACUGCGAAAGGACGUUCAUGUGCCACACGUUCCUGGUGUCACACAGGAAGCUGGGAACGGCAGGCCAGAAACUGGGCUCUUCUGCCCUUUUGUGCUAUGUCGGACGCGGUGCCACUGAUCACAGCUUCUCCCUGACCGUUGCCAACGUUGGAACUUGUCAGGCCGUGUUGUGUCGGAACGGGCGGCCUCUCGCUCUGUCCAGGGUCUUUAGCCUGGAGCAAUGUCCUGAGGAGCUCUUACGGAUCAAGGAGCAAAGGGCAAUCAUCACCGAGGACAAUAAGGUCAAUGGUGUCACCUGCUGUACCCGUCUGCUGGGUUGCACCUAUCUACACCCCUGGGUGCUCCCAGAUCCUCAUAUCUCCACUUUGCCACUGACCGUGCAGGAUGAGAUGUUAAUCCUGGGUAGCAAAGGGCUGUGGGAGUACGUACCAGCAACAGAGGCUGUUCAAACCAUCCGCCACCUUCCCGAUCCGCUGGCCGCUGCUAAGAAGCUGUGUACUUUGGCGCAAAGCUAUGGCUGCCAGGACAAUGUGGCCGCUUUGGUGGUGUGUCUCAGUAUCGGAGAGGACACCUGCACUUGUGAGAUGCACACACUGACGUUACCUAAUCCAUCCGGUUUAGCCUCCGCAGUGGCGACAAAAGAGUCGCCCGACUCGGUCACACCGUCCUCCUCUGAAUUCAGCAGUGAAAUGUCCGUAUCGGAGGUGAGUAGUGAAGUUGGGUCCACGGCUUCAGAUGAGCACGCCAUAGUUGGCCUAGAAGGAGGUCUCAUCCUGCGCCCUGAGCGGAGGUGCAGUUUGCAUCCCGUUCCUUCAGCCAGCACCUUUCAGCGGCAGCCGUCUUGCGCCACCUUCUCCAGCAACCAGUCGGAGAACGGUCUGGACAGCGACGACGAGCUGCAAGCCGAAGGCCUCAUUAUGGGCAGCCGGCUGGAGGUGGAGGUGGACAUUCACUGCAGCAGGCAACAUUCCCCAGAACCACCGUAUGUCAGCACUUUCCAGAGCCUGGAGGAGGACAGUUGUGGGAUUUCCAUGCAGAUUCUGCAACAGAACACCAUAAACCACAACCCAAACCAAGAGAAGGACGAACUGCCUUCCUCGAUGUCUGUGCUGAGUUUAUACAAGAAGAAGCACUCGAAUGGCUCUGUUGUACCGCUCGAAGAAAUACUUAACCUUAUUGAGGUCGCUUCUGAAGCUCCAAAGAGAAAAACUGGUUAUUUCUCAGCUCCUUCCCAACUGGAACCCGAGGACCAGUUUGUGGUUCCUCCACACUUGGAAAAUGAGGUGAGGGAGCAGCUGAACGAUAUGUCUUCUGGAGCAGAAGACAGAGUCAACGCCCCCGAGGAGUUCGACACCGCCUUGUGACCUCAUGGACCUCUGAAACCCCAGGAUCAAAUUGUCCGCAUGAUCCAACAAUUGCACAUUUUACAACCUGAACAUUGCCAGUUUGAACAAACUUCUUACUACUGAACCUUUUGCAUAGAAAGGUGUGGCUUCUUUUUGUUUUCUUCUGUUAAACGAUGAAAACACUCAUUUAACCCAUACAUGGCUGACGGAUCUGCCAAUCACAGCAUACCUCUCAAAUCCUCCCCCUUUUUAACACCAAAUGUUUUGUUUAGCUUUUUUGUGCACUUAAUUUAUUAACGCGU